UGGCGGACAGCCUUGUUUGGCGACCCCUGUGAAAUGGUCGUUUGACCCCAAAUGGGGUCCCGACCCACAGGUUGAGAACCACUGCCUUAAGGCAACAUCUGAAUUUAAGUGUUUAGUUUCAGAAAAGGACCGCUGCUUAGUGUUUUCCCUUGUAGAUUUCGUCCUUUUUCUCGGGAUUUAGUUUAGUUUAGUUUUUGUACAUUCAUUCGGCUGGGAGAGACAGAGAGAGAGAGAUGAGCUCGGUUACGAAAUAAGUAAUUUGUUUCCUGACCACAAUAAUGGAUGACACCCGCACGUAGCAAAGAGUAUUUUAGAGUUCAAUCCAGCCACACCGGGAAACAAAUUCCCUUCGACCCGGUAAAGAAUCAUCUUUGGUCAUCUAUGCAGAGGCCAUUCGCAAAUCAUUGGGAUCCCAGGAAAAACAAAACAAAACAUUGCGCCAGCCAAUAAACGAAGCCAGGGCUGCCUCUGAUCGCCACUUUGUUAUCUGAAGGUGUCAGGUUUCACUGUGCCGACUGGGACUGGUCUCGCCACCACCAAUAAGGCUUGCGUAGGUUUGCAGCCGCGGCUGAACGUCUCCGGGAUUUCUUCCCCAAAGAGGUCCAAGUGGGAAAGCUGACGCUUUUGUUUUGCUUCAAGGGGAAAUCCUGCAAAACUGCUACAAUUCUGGGUGUAAAGCAUUUGAGCAGUGCGCCUCCAGCACAGCAGCCGCAAGCACCAUCGCCAAAGCGUGAGAGCUCGUUUAGGCGAUGGGAUCAGUGCUAAGCGGCGAAGGACGGGAGACGGCGAGGACGCCGGAUGUUGGCUACCCCCAAGGCAGUAUUCAGUUCCCACAACCGUCAGAUCGAGCAAGAGACGUGGAAAAGCAGCAAAUUCCCUCUUUUGAGUGCGCCAUCUGCUUGGAAGUGUUCGACCAGCCUGUAAGGACCAAAUGUGGCCACGUAUUUUGUCACAUUUGUAUUACCACAUGUUUAAGACAUCAUACAUGGACAUGUCCAUAUUGCAGAGCACAUCUUUCUUCUGAAGGGAUUCCAGCAACUGAUAUUAUUAAAAUGAUGAAAAAUACACACCAAAACUGUUCAGAAUGUAAAACACAGGUGUGCCUUAGUGAAAUGAGAGCUCAUUUGAAGACUUGUGGCCAAUAUAUAGAAAAAUAUGGGCCUCUACAAGAAGUUGCAUACCCUGAAACAAGGUAUCCUUGUCCUUUCUGUCAGCAUGAAUUGGAUGAAAAUGAUCUCUUGGACCAUUUUCUCACUUUUCACAGAACUGAAAGAAGACCAGUGUACUGUCCAAUCUGUCAUUUAUUACCUGGUGGUGGUCCAAGUUACUACAUCAGAAGUUUUAUAAGGCAUCUUCAGCUGAGACAUACAUUCUAUUAUGAAGAUUAUAUUGACAUAAGUAUUGUAGAAGAAGUUCUCAUUGAAAGAGUUCUGGAUAGAUCAAUUUUAGAGCAUGUACAUGUAAAUAAUCCAGGUACUGCAUGAUCAUCAAUUCGAAGAGAAGAUAAAUGGAUUACGUUAUGAAUUAAAGAACUGGUUGUUUAUGUUAUUAACUAAUAACACAAAAAAAAUUGAAUUGUAAAUAUUUCAUAGGUGAAACAUUCUAUUUCAGGUAUGAACAACUGUUCUGACCAUUCUAUUUAAAACCUAUACAUUUCAGAUUCAAAAUGAGAUAUUUCAAGAAUAAAAACUUUUGUGUAUGAAUUUC